UUCCCAGCAUGACGAGCUUCCUGCUGCAUGGUCCUCCAAUGAGGCUGUGUAUGGGUCUCACCUGUAUCUUCUCUCUCUGGAAUUCAGUGACUGGUCUUAAGGGAGAAGGCAAGAAUGAGAAGGGAAUGGCUCUCCUACCUGCAACAGUGUCUGGAAACAAAGGCCUCAAGAAGGGAAAAUAUGGAUCCUUCCUUCAUGAAGAAGAGUCUGUCUUCAAAGAAGAAAAGGUGGUCAAGGGCGUAGGGGUUCUUGCAACUACAGAACUCCCAGGCAAGUCAGUUGAUCUGUCUGCACUCAACCUGACAGAGCUUGUGAAUGGGAUGCUCAGGAGAGCUUUGAAAGACAACAAGCAAUUCUUCUCCGUGCUUAGCAUUACUUCUUAUAGUUCAUUUGCCUUCCACAAAGUCUCUGUGGCCAUCUACAACAUUUCCAACCCAAAGACAGUUGACCCAGGCAAAUUCCCUACCAGGUACUGCUACUGUUUGAGCAAUAGGACCAAUGACUUAUCAGAUUUCACAGCAUUGCUAGUGGACAUCGUUGGAAAUUCUACCAGCUACCUCACUGAGAUUUUUAAGUCAACCUCCAUCCUCUCGGUGAGUCAGACCAAUGAAUCCGACUGUGUCUUCAUCUGUGUGAUGGCGGGGAAGUCAGGGAGGAAUCUCUCUGACUUCUGGCAGAUGGUGGAGAAAUCCCCUGUUGUCAACUACACAUUUACCAGUGGAGUGUCCAGUGCUUUGGGUGCAACUACUAGGGGAAUAGCGAGGACUUCAAGGCUUGAGAGCCAAAGCCAACAGUCACUUCUAAGAUCACACCCUGAACUUUGGACCACACAGUGGGUGUCUGCUUUGAAGACCUUCCCCUGGACAAAAACAAGUACUCCUUCAGAGAAAAAGCCGACCGAAAAUAAAGUGACCUUUCCAGAGCUUCCUGUUGGGGCCAUAGCCACAGAGAGGAGUGCCUCUCACACACAGUCAACCUCAGAGAACAUGACCAGAGCACCAUGGGUGACAAACAGACACAUGCAGGCUUCUACAGUAUCCAUGUCUACAUCACAGACCAUGGAUAAGAGCACACCAGGAGGGCCACCCUGGGCAAACUUUCCCUCCCGUGCAGAUGCUCAGCAACUCAGGAGCACAGGAAGCCCGUUGCAUCCUUCUGGGAUACUGACCACACCCAGAAGACUAGCACAGCCCAGCGCAGCCUCAGGAACACUCACUCCUGGAACACAGACUCCAAAUCCAACCAAAGCACCGGCCCCUAGAGACCCGCAGAGAGAUGGUGAUCCUCUGGAGUGGCAAUUCACCCCUGAGUCACAGCCAGCCCUGGUCCCCGCAGCCCAUCAAGUUUCAAGGUGUCCUCGGCCACUCCUCAAAGAGGAAGCCAUUACAGAUGCUCCUCUGUCCCUGACCAUGAAGAAACUGAACCCAUGCCUGAUGGAACUCUGCCGCUUCUUCCAGCAAUGCCUCUGUGCCAGACGGAAGCAGGAUUUCAGUUCAGAAGCCAUGAGGUAUUGCCUGGAAUACUACUCUUGGUUUCUGAAGAACGCUACGCUGAUCUGUCAGAGGGUGAAGAGGGUGUCCCACUCUCGCACCUUGAAGCAAAACUGCCUUGACAAUGUCUGCAAGUCUGUGUGAGCCCCUAACAGUGACUUCUGGCACCAAACCUUCACCCUGGCUUUGUUCCAGCUUGGCCGUAUUUUCAGAAUCCAUGCAUGCCCCAGCCAAGUCAUCUAUAGAAAGGAAGACUUUUUCUUUGGAGGCAGAGAGGGUUUCUCUCCUGUCAGUCUGUAGAAUGCAUUGAAGGCAGAAGCUUUACAAUCAAUGGAGUAACACCAGGCUUCUCUGCCUGCUUCAGAGCAGU